CGUUCCUCCUGAUUACAAAUAUCAUACAUAUAAGGUGAUUCUCUUCAUAUUUUGUUCAUAAUUUGCAAUAUAAUUUUGCCUAGUUCGUGGGUCUUCGCAAGAGGUUUCUAGUAGGCACCUGUAGACCCUUAACUCGUUGUAUGAUGCAAGCAACAUACUUGAUAAUAUGUCUGAUAACGAUCCUAAUACAAACACAUCAUGCAAGGAAGACAUAGUAAAGAGAACAAAAUGUACAUCAAAUUGGAAUACAUAUACUCCAGAGAAAUUAAGAGCAGCUAAAUACACAUUAUUAAAAGUAAGAAAAAGUAAUGCCUCAGAAAAUAAAGAAAAUAAAUCAAAUUUAUGUCAAAGUACAGCACGACGACGUAGACCAUUGACAAUGGCUUUAAACAGUUCUCACAUUUCUAAACAAUAUAGUGAUUUGGCACAAGUUAAAUUGAAACUUGCAAAGUUGCAGUUGAUAGCUGUAAAAGAAGAAAUGGAGACAAAAAAUAAAUAA